CUGUAGAACUCUCGUUUCCUGCACAGUGCAGAUCCCUGAUCCUCCACUCCUGUGGUUUGUGCGGCCUGAUCAGGUGACGUCACCGGCUUAUCCCGCUACACUGUUACUGUCUCCUAUGACAACUCCAGCUUUACCUACUUGCUCUCCUGAUAUCUGGUACCGAGAGGCCUAGUUACUCCGCAACCUGCACCCCUUAGUACAGAAGUCUGUGCGCAGCAUGUAAGCGCUGUAUAAACAGACUAAUAUAUACACACUGUGAUAAGACGUAGAAAAACCUACAGAACUCGUAAAUUAGUGAAUUCAGCUCCCACCUUUGUGGCGAGGGACUCACCAUGCUUGUUCCAAUUUUUACUUUGAAAUUGAAUCACAAAAUCAACCCGCGCAUGGUCACAGUCGGAAAGUAUGAUGGGAUUCAUCCUUGUCUCACUGCAGCUACACAAGCUGGAAAGGUAUUUAUCCAUAAUCCUCAUACUCGCAACCAGCGAAUAUCUGCGCACCGUUUGGUGCAGAGCAGCCAAGACUCAGAUGUGUCUCUUCUGAAUAUUAAUCAGAAUGUCACCUGUCUGACAGCUGGAGUUCUGGAUCCACAGCUAGGCUAUGACUCGCUUGUAUUGGGAACACAGACAAAUCUCCUGGCUUAUGAUGUACAUAACAAUUCGGAUCUGUUCUAUAAAGAGAUUGCAGAUGGAGCAAAUGCUGUGGUACUAGGUAACCUUGGAGAUAUUGCAUCACCCAUUGCUCUUAUUGGCGGUAACUGUGCUUUGCAGGGAUUUGAUUGCAGAGGAAAUGACAUUUUUUGGACGGUUACCGGAGAUAAUGUACGCUCAUUAGCACUGUGUGACUUUGAUAGUGAUGGAAAGAAAGAGCUUUUAGUGGGAUCUGAAGACUUUGACAUCAGAGUGUUUAAAGAAGAUGAAAUUGUGGCUGAAAUGACUGAAACUGAGACUGUUACAGCAAUGUGCCCGAUGUAUACCAGUCGCUUUGGGUAUGCCCUCUCUAAUGGCACAGUUGGGGUGUAUGACCGGACGUCUCGAUACUGGAGAAUAAAAUCUAAAAACCUUGCAAUGAGUAUACACGCCUUUGACCUUAACUCAGAUGGAGUGUGCGAGUUGAUCACUGGAUGGUCCAAUGGUAAGAUUGAUGCCCGCAGUGACCGUACUGGGGAGGUGAUAUUUAAAGAUAACUUCUCCUCUGCUGUAGCUGGAGUGGUUGAAGGAGAUUACCGCAUGGAUGGAAAAACUCAGCUGAUCUGUUGCUCCAUAGAUGGGGAAGUCCGAGGCUAUCUACCCUCAAGUCAGGAAUCUGCAGGGAGUUUGAUGGACACAAGUGUGGAACAGGAGCUAGUCAGAGAGCUCAGCCAGAAGAAGCAGAACUUGCUUCUAGAAUUGAAGAACUACCAGGAAAAUUCAAAGCAGGCAGAAACACGUGUCCAAAUCAGUGAGUCUGAUGGGCAUAUGGGAGUCAUCCCAGCAAACACUCAGCUGCAGACUGCUUUGUCCGUGUCUCUUGGCUCUGACACCCAGGCUGCACAUGUAGAACUGAGCAUCACAACCUCUAAUGAUACAAUCAUCCGUGCAGUGCUCAUCUUUGCAGAAGGAAUUUUUGAAGGAGAAAGCCAUGUUGUGCAUCCCAGUGCUCAACAUCUGACUGGUCGGAUUAGGGUUCCCAUCUCUCCUCCUAAAGAUGUCCCUGUGGAUUUACACAUUAAAGCAUUUGUGGGUUAUAAGAGCAGUGUACAAUUUCAUGUGUUUGAACUGACACGACAGCUGCCUCGCUUCUCCAUGUAUGUGCUCAGCAAUCCUGCCUCAUCACCUGAGCCAUCCAGCUAUGUAAAUUUUACCACCAAUGAGCGUGCACAGAGGGUUGUUCUUUGGUUGAAUCAGAAUUUCCUUUUGCCAGAAGACACAGAGAUACAAAGUGCUCCAUUCCAGAUUAGCUUCACAUCAUUACGUGAUGGGGGUCCAUUGCUCAUUAGCAUGAAGCCCAGUGGAGAGCUCUCCAUUCGGACAGAUGACAUGGAUCUGGCUGGUGAUAUCAUACAGUCAUUGGCUGCAUUCUUAGCAAUAGAGGACCUCUCGGUGGAGGCCGAUUUUCCAAAGUACUUUGAGCAGCUGCGGAAUGUGUUAGUCCAGGUUGAUGAGUCUCAUUCAGUGCAUCAAAAAAUGACUGCAGACAUGGCUGAGCAGUCCAAUCUAAUCCGCAGCAUGCUGGUGCAGGCUGAAGAUGCUCGUCUGAUGAGGGAUAUGAAAAACAUGAAGAAGCGAUAUGCAGAGUUGUAUGACCUGAACAAAGAUCUGAUAAAUCGAUACAAGAUCCGCUGCAACAAUCACACGGAACUGUUGAACAAUCUAAAAUGCGUAAACCAAGCAAUUCAGCGGGCAGGACGCUUACGAACCGGGAAACACAAAGUCCAAGUGAUCACAUCUUGUAGGGAUGCAAUCCGAAGCAAUAACAUCAAUGCCUUAUUCAGGAUCAUGCGUGUAGGUGCCACACCCUCCUAGCAAAGGACCCAGACUACAUGUAUGCAGGCUAGAGAUAUGAAAAUAGGCUGGUUGCUGUACACAGAAUGAUUAUUACAUAAAGUUUAAGGCUUCCUCCGUAAGCCUUAGAUUUGUAUUAUCCAUAUGUCUGGAAGAAGCAGAAGGCACCUGGAUAACAAUACUGAUUAGUUUGAAAAUAGAAUGAAUAUAAUGUCGGUAUGUGACGUCUAAACUGGAUAAAGGAUGCAUUUCAUAGUAGUUUCAGGUCACGGUAACCAACUGAUGUCUAUCAGACCAAAAAAGUGUUUGGCUUGGUGUCCAUGGGAUAUGUUUGACUUGUUCCUAUCCUUAUUGGGACUGCAGUCACUUGAGGACCAUAUACCCGUCUCUGGUCUUCUACCAGUGUAAUCAGACAUCCUGUGCCAGGAUUGCUGAUAUACAGUAUAUGGCUAUGAAUGGUAUGAAACUGUGUCAACAAUGAACGCAUAGGUACUACCAUUUGUAGUGAAAUAAUGAGUUUCUUCAACAUCUGUAAUAGACCAUUUUUGUAAGAACUAUUCCAUACAAAUGGUGUGUGCCUUUGCUGUAUGAGUUAGGUUAUGUUUGUAUGUAUAGGUAUACAUGUAUUUAGUGAAUCCUUAAUCCAGUUUUUGUUCUUUUACAUGGAAUCAUUAUGAAAUCAUUCUUUUUUUAUUAAAGGAACAUGAAACCAAAGUUUUUUUCUUUUAUGAUUUAGAUGACAUUUUAAAUAAUUUCCCACCAUAUUUUAUUAUCUAAUUUGUUUUGUUCUAUUUGUAUACUUUGUUGAAAAGUAUUCCUAGGUAGGCUAUGAGGCUGCUGAUUUUGGCUGCCCAUAUAUGCCUCUUGCUAUUGGUUUUCAGCUAGCUCUCAAUAGUGCAUUACUGCUCCUUAAACAAAGGAUACUAAGGGAAUGAAGCAACUUACAUAAAAAAGGAUAUUGGAAAAUUGUUGAAAAUUGUAUGAUCUAUCUGAAAAAUGAAAGAAACAUUUUGGGUUUCAUGUCCCUUUAAAAAGUUUACUACCAUGGGGAGAGAUAGAUAAUGUCUGUAAUUUAUUAAAGUUUGUGAAUAUUUUUGUAGCUACAUUUUGUAAUAAAAAAUAGACCAGG